AACAAACUUUUCAAUACAGCAGAAGAGCCUAAAACAAAAGAAGUGUAGCAUUUCUUAGAGAUACCGUUUCUAGAAAGAGCUAUUUUAAAUACAAGCAACACAAAGAUCUCAGAGCACUGGGUAUAUGGAGACAAUGUCCCACUCUAACGCAGUCUUUUGAGAGAGAGGCUAAGUGCCAUGCCCACCUAGAAGCGAUCAGGAUGACAGCCUCCCGCAAUGGCUCUCAGCCCGGCCCUUCCCACGAUGACUACCCUGACGAGUACAGAAUCGCAGCCCUAGUCUUCUACAGCUGCAUCUUCGUCAUUGGGCUGUUUGUGAACGUCACUGCCCUGUGGGUGUUCAGCUGCACCACCAAGAAGAGGACCACCGUGACUGUGUAUAUGAUGAACGUGGCGUUGCUGGACUUAAUAUUCAUCAUGAGCUUACCCUUCCGGAUGUUUUACUAUGCGAAAGACCAGUGGCCAUUUGGGGAGUACUUCUGCCAGGUCCUCGGGGCUCUCACCGUGUUCUAUCCAAGCAUCGCCCUGUGGCUUCUUGCUUUUAUUAGUGCCGAUAGGUAUAUGGCCAUCGUGCAGCCCAAAUAUGCCAAAGAGCUCAAAAACACGUGCAAGGCCGUGCUGGCGUGUGUGGGCGUCUGGGUGAUGACCUUGACCACCACCACCCCUCUCCUCCUGCUCUACGAUGACCCCGACAGAGCCUCCAGCCCCGCCACCUGCCACAAGAUCUCCGACAUCAUCCACCUGAAGGCUAUGAACGUGCUCAACUUCACCCGGCUCAUCUUUUUCUUCCUGGUCCCCCUGUUCAUCAUGAUUGGGUGCUACCUGGUCAUCAUCUACAGCCUCCUCCAUGGCCAGACGUCCAAGCUGAAGCCCAAGGUCAAGGAGAAGUCCAUCCGCAUCAUCAUCACGCUCCUGGUGCAAGUGCUGAUCUGCUUCACGCCUUUCCACAUCUGCUUCGCCAUCCUGAUGCUGGACGGAGACCGCACCGGCUACAACCCCUGGGGAGCCUUCACUACCUUCCUCAUGAACCUCAGCACCUGCCUGGACGUGAUUCUGUACUACAUCGUGUCCAAACAGUUCCAAGCCCGGGUCAUUAGCGUCAUGCUGUACCGGAAUUACCUGCGGAGCGUGCGCAGGAAGAGCUUCCGCUCGGGGAGCCUGCGGUCCCUAAGCAACGUAAACAGCGAAAUGAUAUGAAGACGAAGAAAGGCUCUGUCUUUCUUUCUCUGUCUCCUUUAAACUCACUUUAGUAGCUACCCUGGAAUCAGUGGCUAUUCUGUGUGAUGGGAGCAAAUCCCUUCCCUUCUCUCCUCUGAAGAAAAAAAAAGUACAACUUUUUAAAAAGUAUUAUUAUUAUUUUUUUUUGGUGGCAUGGGGGCAUAAUUAAAUAUUCUGAAGUGUUCUGAGAAGGAUUCUCUUUCUUAAAACUUGCAUGAUCUAUUUUUGUGAGUGAGCUGGACAGGAAAACACGUCAUCUGUGGCUCACACUCAAGUCCUUUCUAAAUGCAGAGUUGGUGAAAGCAGGUU